CUUCAAAUGUAAACAAAAACAAACUAACCAAAAAAGUGAAAAUGAUUUUACCGAUCGUCCCGCAAUUUCUUGUCUGCGUGUUUCAUCAAAAUCUUUUCUACCCAUCUCAUUCUACUCUUAAAAUGCUGCAAAGUGACAAAUGUAGAGUCAGCUUUUAUUAAAUGCGUAAACCACCAAGAUGUCGGCCAAAUCUUCAAGUGGAAAGUCUGGAAAUGAUGAUGACAAAGCUCCAACAUCAGCCCGCACAGAGAAUAUCCGGAGGGGAAGACAAAAUGUACAGAAUGAAAUGAAAGAUCUAAUUAUUGAGAAGAAAUCCGAACUUUCAAAAGUGUUAAACGAAAUUAAAGGAGAUAUUGUUGAAAAACUUGAUGAAGAAGCAAUCAAAAGCACUUCGGUGUCUCCUGAGUUGAAAAAAUCUGAAACGCAGCUGAUUGACAGUUAUUACAUCCAGCAAAGGAACAAAUUCAUCAAAACUACUAAUCCGAAUAUAGAUCAAAAUAUCAACAAAAGCGACUCUAAUUUGUGGCUGAAUACUGAUAAGCUGGGCUUUCGCUCUCCUUUAGAUGUGGCCCUUUUAUUCCAGCGGAGAGUCAUAAGCCCUUUUUUUAUUGCUUGUCAUGGUUUCUUAGCUGGAGUAGCAGUCAUGCAACUAGUCUUGGCAUAUUAUUUGAUCUCUGGGCACAAUUUUGAUCAAACUACAUCUGAAACUGUGUUUCGAGUGUAUCAGCAGUUGGCUUUGGUUGGACCUUCUUGCUUCGCAUUUUUCAUCUCAAUUUGUUUCAUGUCUAUACUGGACAGAGUUGAUCUUUUUCACAUUUUCAAGUGUGAUCCCCGUGACUGGAUUUCUUACCGCCGCAGUUGGGUCAUUGGACUCAUUUAUUUCUGUGGCCUUGUCAUCAAUGCUGUUUGUUUUCGAUAUGAUCACAUGAUAUCACACUAUCCGUCAAAGGAUCCUACAAUUGUCAAUUUUCAAGGGACCUCAUCGCCAGAAGUUGUUACAGACUGGUAUAAAAACCAGAGCAUCUCAUCACUUGUAUCAACUUGGCAAAUUCUGAAUGCUGUAAGAUGUGUUUGUGCCAUUUUAGGAUGGAUUUUGCUUUGCUUUUCUCAGACAACUGACUUGUUAGCCGAUCACUUACAUGAGGUAAAAACUUUUGACUUGGAAACAGAUGAUAAAAUCGUCAUUGAUAACAGACCUAGUUAAAAGUAGUUCAGGAGUCCCAAUGAGGACAUUCAUGGGCUGUCUAUAAAUUAUGUAAUGCUCUAAAGGGUGGGUGGGUGUUUAUUAUUUUGUGACCGAGCGUGACAAGGGGUGGGAGUGUCAAGCUCAGCGUUACAUUAUAGUUUAUACUUUUUGGAUUUCAACUUUUUUUCUUUUAAAGUGAGAAACGUUUCAUUUUUUGUCUUAUUCUUUCUUGUCUCUUGAAACGCAGAGCCUUUUAAUUGAAAAAAGCUGUGGCCUCUCGCCUCUCCCAUCAGUUUUCAGAAAGGAAAUUUCUCUGGAAAUUUUUGUGUGAAAGGGGCGGGGGGGGGGGGGGUGUUGAAAUCAUUGUUACGUAAUUAUUUUGGAGGUGUCAGAACCAAUGUUACGAUUGCAUCACAAGGGGUGGGUCAUGGGUGUCAAAUAAUCAGAAAUAUCUUACUACGUAAGUUAUGGACAGCCUUUUAGAUCAAUUAAUUAGUCUUUUCAAUUUUUCAUAGCGCACAAUAACAGGAAAUAAGAAGCCAAAAAAUCCAUUCUAUGGUUUGAUCUAACUAAUUAAAACUUUAGCUGUCUAAUUUUUUUUUCAAAAACCACCUCAACUUAUCUAAAAAUGUAUUUAGUAUGAAAAAAUAGACAAAGUGAUCGUGCUGGAAAAAUUAAUAAAAAAAAUUGUGCCAAAGAGGCUCUUAGUGUCUCUUAGCAUACACAAGAGAGAUUGGGGCAUGAAUGGAAUAUUAUUUAAGUUUGGAUGUUAUUGUCUUGAAAAAUUCUAAGAGUGUUCCCUGAAAAAAACUCAAACACAGAUACUUUUUGACCUGACCAGACAAAAAUCUUUAUCCCGAAAAAUUGUCUCUGUGUCUUUAGGUCCCUUUUUUGGUGGAGUAUCAGUAAUUAUUGUUAAUAAUUUGUCGAUAGAUCGCAAGUUUUAUCAAUCUCCAAUUGAUUCAUCCAUUACCUGUGAAACUUGUAUUUUUUUAAACCUAAUUUGUGGAAUAUUGUCAGAAUGUUGGUGCCCGCAAAUUUACGCUUUCCCCUCAAAUGUUGCAUGAAGUUUAUAGAACAAGGUUUGAAUCUUGAUACACACGGAAAUUUAUUUCAAUACUUUGAUGUUUAUCUAAUUGCAGUGAAGAUUCUCUAAGAUAUAAAACUAAACACCUUUUGAUCACCAACCGUAGUAAUGGAAUAAUGAAUCCCUAAUCCUGGCAAAACCCCUUUAGUGUAGGAAGAGCAGUAAUCAAACCAGCACUCUUUUUUUAAUCCAAAAAUAUUCACUCUCUUGCAAUUUUGUUUUGUUUUAUCAGUUAUUUUCGUUAAACAUUUGUAUGUAAAUGAAUGAAACUUUCACAUUCCAAAA